AAAUUAACCAUUUGAAGAGAAGUUCACAUGUAUUUAAAGUCUUAGUGACUUCAUGGUGUAAAAUUUAAAUACAUACAUCUAGGUAUACUUUGUGUCGCUCCUGGCUAUGUAGUAAAAGUCAUUGCUUGUAUCGACAUUUUAUUCGAUGGUUUAAUUCAGUAUAAUGGACCUAAACAUAGAAGGAUGAAAUAUUGAGCGGAAUUAUUAAUUUUCAAUGCAUUUGUUGGAUAAGAGUGUUCAUUCAUAAAAUGUCGAUAUCAGAAGCAGACGAUUGUAGUCAUGACGAGGCCGCGAAACUUGUUUUAGAAAAUUCAAAUAGUGAUGGAAAAACUAAUCGUAAAAAGAAUAAGGAACGAAAGUCCGUUCGAAUUAGUGACGAUGAAAUAACGUUCUACCCCUCAGACAGUGGAUACAUAACAAGUAAAGGAGAAAAUACAAAUUUGUUAGACGAUUGGUCUGAGGAGGGGUGCAAUAAUACAAUAACAGUUGAGGAAUGGACAGAGGAAGUGUUCCGGACUGACAAUGUUCUCAAGGAUAUAACUGUUCCUAGCCAUGACACUAUUUUAAAGAAUAAAGUGACAUUCUGUGAUACUCCUAAAGACAACACUCCUCCUCAAGCCAGUGAGCAAAGUGUUGACCAAACGAUAACAUAUUCCGAGAUUCUGAUACUAGACAGCCCUCCGGCGGGACAUAAAAAUAUUAAACGAACUCCAAGUUUAGAAAGCCGGGAUAACCCAUUUGUUCCGGGUGGCAGUCUUGAUCAAGAAGCUUCGGAUAUCCUCAAGAGGGCUACGAUAAUUCGGGAUCAAUUUAUAUUAAGUGAACAUAGAAAAUAUAGUGAUAUAGAACAAAAUCCAGCACCCGAAAAUACCGACAUUAGAAAUGAUGUACACAAUACAUGUGAGAAUUCAAAUAAGGAUAUUGUAGAGGAGACUAUUCUGCAACAAAGUACAAACAGUACGCAGGCGCUUCCGGAAACUAAACUAAAUGGCAAAACUAUAUCGACGGAUUCUCAGCCAGUGGAUAUUAAUCAGAAAGACGGAACACUGGACAGAUCACUGAAAGAUAAAAAGAAACAAAAAAAAUGUUGUAGUGUUAUGUAGCAUUAUCAAGGAAUCAUUUCGUGAUGCGGAUUUACAUUAGCUUCCAAUUUCACUUGCGUUAUCUGGUUUAAAAGGGAAUAUGCGCGUGAUGGUCCUGGAUGGUGAAGCGUGAAUCGGUGGAAGUGUCGUGCCAUAAAAGAAUGGAAGAAAAUGUCUGGCUUCCUAUCGCUCCGUCAACAAACAGGUUAUGUGUUCAACAUAAUUGUACAUUCAUUAAUUAAUUACGCAUUAAAUUUAGUCUUCAUAAGAGUCAAAAUACCAAUACAAAUCCAGAUCUGUGAGGUAUACACGUCUUAUACACGUUACUUUCGCAUUUAGUAAACCAUUUCAUUGUAUGUUAAUUGCUGUAAAUUUCUUUAGGCAAUACAUAAACGGUGGAUUCACGAGAAGAAGGACGAUACUUAAUAACUAUGAAAACUACAAUUAGCUUUCACUUGCAAAUUACCAAAUAUGGUGAAUCAAAAAUAUAUGUUGCUUAUGUUUAUUUCAAGUUAAAUAAAAUGAAAUAUAUUUUUG